GAGCUUGUCUUUUCAUUCACUAAAGUUCUUGUUAAAAAUACACGAAGAUUUGGCUAAACAAAGGUUCUAGUUUGUCAACAACGGUUUUUCAGUUCGUUGUGCUUGAAUUAAAAGUAUGGAAUUGAAACAGGAAGCGCAUCGUAUCAUGAGCCUGUCUGUCUGGAAGAUGUAUAACUGUCGGUUACAACGGGGAGGCGUACGACUCCACCGAAGCUUACAGUUGUCGUUAGUGAUGCGGAACGCUCGUGAUAUGUACCUCAGUGCUAAAGUACAGCUGGAACAAAACGGGUUCUAUACGGAGGGCGACAGUAUGGAGGUCGAUGCUAGAGCUAGCCCAAAUCCUGACGUUACUUCGUCUGUGACCGAGGUUGCAGAAAUGGACUGCCAGUCCCAGCCGGUAGAAAUUCAAUGCGAGAAGCCGAUGGCUGAAGUUGUGAUCAGUAAUUCUUCCCCGGUGGCCCGUGAUACUACGGAAGUGAGCGAUAAAGAGAACGUGAAUCCAAAUGCUGGUAGAUGUCCGCAGGCAGAUGUAGCAGCAGCGGAGGAUUCUCAGCUCCGGGGUUGUAGGAAACGGACGAGUAGCUGUUUUCGGCAGAAGGCCAUAUUGGAGCCUGACUUCCUGCCCAGUAAGAAGGCACGCCUUGAACUGGAAGAGACACCGGGUGAGCCCGAAGGCGUUACGCCUUUUCAGCCAGUUGUGGGCACCUUUUCUAGUGUCCAUAGUUCUGUCAGAAGCGAGCCUACGGCUCCUGAUCAGCCAUUAACUUGCCGACAAGGUGGUCUUGUAGUUGCCCCCGUAUUGAGACCAGUCGUUGCUUUCUGAUGAGUGGCUUGAUGCAGAUCGAAAAAUUCUGCUCUCUAAUUUGUUACGAAGUCAGGACAGCUUAGCCCCACGGGGCCCACCGAGGGAGACGAGCUCUUCCUGUGAUGGUCGAAGGUGAGAAGCUUGCGCGCCCAGUGCUCUUGAGGACCACACACAGUGCAGACCACAACUUGGUGAUGGACUCCGAUCGCAGACUGCGGUCCAGGAGCCGAUUGGUGAUGAAGGCUGGGUCAUCCUUGUGGCUUGUGAACCGUUUGGUUGGUACAGGUCUUGUCAAGUCUUAAAAACUAAGUAAAGCGCCGAAUGUUUUUUUCCUCACCGUGGUUGUUUGUAGCGGCUUCGAACAGUGUUGAUGUCAUGGCUGGACUCUGAACCUGUGCAAAUCCCGGCGUAUUUCUUCAUAUAAAGUAGAGUCCUUCCAUUUUGGGUUGGAGAAAAGGACUGCAGCAGCUGAUUUGCUGUAUGAGACUGAACUUAUGUAGACAAUUUUAAACUGUUACUAUUGCACAUGUGUGCAUCUGGACGCUUCGUUGUGAAGUAAAUGAAUUUUCUUGUGUGCAGGUCUAAAAAGAUCUGUGGUUCUAGGUAGAAUGUUAACCAUGUCACAGUAAACUUUUGCUUUAAUUUUUUAUGACUUGUCAUGCAAUGAAGUCUUUCCAAAUGUGAGUAAUACUGAGACCAACAGUUUCACAUAUACAAUGUUCUUGUUUUAUUCCAGUAACAAUGUUCUUGUUUUAUUCCAGUAUUUUUGUUGUGCAAUUUGAUUAAUAAAUGCUUUUUGUAUUUCA